CCCGGGAAAAGAGUGCACGAGAUGAACGUCUUCUCCACUCGAUCUAUCUGGUUCUGUUAGUAUACUGCAUAUAUAUUUGACCCACUAAUAUUUGGUCGUUUUCUCUAAAACUUACCCCAGAUCGAGCAAAACAAUGUGUAGAUACAGAGAUAUUCUGGUGUGAUUGCUUUAAGGUCUUUGGGGAAACCCUAUUGUAUUGGAUCCGGGGAUGGAUUCAGUAACAUCAUCGUCAUCGAAGCUGUUUCCGAUAUCUUCUUCUUCGCCGACUCUAUUGCCUAAUGGUGGUGGUGCUGGUGGAGGUGGGACUGUCGGUGCUGGGGGGGUCAGUUACAUUGAACACCCCGUUUCCAAAUUGGAUACUCUAGCCGGUGUUGCCAUCAAAUACGGCGUGGAGAAGUAUGACGACAUUAUCGAUAAGCCUUAUUCAUCCCCUAUAACGUUCUAUUAA